UGAUCGUCCCAAAUUUCUAGUACGUCACUCUUCGGAAUUCGAAAUCCCUCCUCCCUCAUUCCUCCUCAAAAACUAAACAAGUCGGGAUAUCGCUUUCGCCCUUGUCCCCCCUCCACUAUUCUGACUAUCGGCGUAAUUCGGCGAGUCGUACGGUCCCCUGUGUUUAAAAUUUAUUACUCUUCCUCUGAGCGCCAUUAAUGGCUUCGGUCGUCUCGCUUCUUUUCGUCUGCUUUUGCCUUCGCGGCUCCUUCCUUGGUUCCCCUUUACUGAAAUCGUAACCCUAACCCUAACCUUGUUACCAAGGCUAAGCGAAUCGUCUCGUAGGAGCCACAUUGGAGGUGAGACCAGUGAUUGCGGAAGCGCUUGCAUCGUUUCAGACGUCCUGGUUUAUUGUAAUUAGUAACGUAGCAGUGGAUAUUGUUGAUCUUUGAGUGAUAAAAUGGGGGCAGAAAAGGGAGUUUCGAGUGGUUUCUUUAAUUUGUUUGAUUGGAAUAGGAAGUCAAGGAAGAAAUUGUUCCCUAAUGGAAGUGCUUCGUCUGAAGGGAUGAUACAACGGAAGAAAAUUGAUGAUAAUAUGUUAACCUCACGGCUUCGCCUGAUUGAUGAGGAUGAGAUGAUUGGAGAAUCUAGUGCAAAGGGAAGCAGCGACUAUAGUGGUACUUCUUCAGUGACUGAUGAAGAAGGAAAUGUAGGUCGGGCCCCAGGAGUGGUAGCAAGGCUUAUGGGUUUGGAUUCCAUGCCCAUAUCAGGCACUUCCGUACCCUAUUCCACCCCCCUACAUGACUCGCAAUCCCUUCGAGAUAACCAUAGUCAGCAAAGAGGUCCUGAAAUCUACAUUAAUGAUCAAUUCAAUCAUGCAAUUAAGAGAGCUGAGGCCUAUUCAAGGAAGCCAGUGGAACUGAGGUCCCAAAAGAUGCCAAGCAGUCCAAUUGAGAGGUUCCAAACAGAAGCAUUGCCUCCUAGAUUAGCAAAGUCUGUCCCAAUUACACACCACAAAUUACUGUCACCGACAAAAAAUCCUGGUUUCAUCUCAGCAAAGGAUGCAGCUCAUAUCAUGGAAGCAGCAGCAAAGAUUCUUGAGCCUGAGGUUCAGACCAGUACAAACUGUAGAUUUCAGUCUUUGGUAUCACUUGCAAAUCCUAUAAAAGCUCGCAAUUCGCAAGAGAUAAUGGCAGCUUCUUGGAGGACUAGAAAGCUUGCAGAAUCAUCCAGAAGACAUGUUGAAUCUGCUGUCAUGAGGUCUCUUAGAGGACAACCUGGGAACAGGAGUUGCAGUGGUUCAGAUGAAACUAUUGUUUAUGGGCCCUCUCUAAGUACAGCUGAAACCAAUCCAGCUUGUGCAAAAAGCAAGGGAAAAUCUCUCUCACUUGCGGUUCAGGCUAAGGUGAAUGUCCAGAAAAGGGAGGGCUUAAGCAUCAGCAAUAGGAGUACAUCAGUGAAUAUGGACAAUAAUGAAUGUAAAUCGAACAAACCAUUGAAAAGUCAACCAAAUAAUCCAAAGAAUAACCUGCAGAAAAGGGCAGCAACCAAUGUUUCCAGUGUGCUUAGGCAAAAUAAUCAGAAACAGAACUGCCUGGCAGGUAAAAACAAGUUAGCUUCAAAGCCAUUGGUUUCUGACCAGCAGGGAAGAAAAGUUCUCUCUGGAGAUGCUUCUUGUGGAAAGAAGAAGAUUGUGAAUAAGCUUUCAGUAAACAGCAGAAUUGGAUUCAAGAAGGAAGGUUUAGUCACUCCUGACUACACAGAGAAAGGGUUGUCAUCAGAUAGCAAAAGCUUACCUCGCAAGAAGAGAUUGAUAGAGCGGGGCUCCUCUUCUGAGGCUUCUGAUGGUAUUUUAGUGGAUAGGCAUGUAAAGCAUAUUCAGCAUACUGUUGUGAUAGAUGAACAGCCAAGAUGUAGUGGGGAUAAAAGAAGAAAUGGUACAGAUGUUGUAUCCUUUACAUUUACCUCCCCCAUGAUAAAAUCAUUGCCUGGAUCUCAGUUCUCCAGUAAUGUGGUGGAAAAAGAAGACAAGCAUAAUGAGCACUGUAUUGAUACUGAUUGUGAGAAGAAUGUUUUUGAUUCAGACAACAGAAACCUAUCAUGUCUCAGAUCGGAUGUGAUAGGAGGUGAUUUUUUGGGUCUUCUUUUGGAACAGAAGUUGAGAGAAUUAACAUCUGGAGCUGACUCGCCCUACUGUAGAUUAAUCAGAGGUAGCUUCACAGCUACUGCACCUGUUUCACAAGAUUCAAUAUCUGCUGUCAAUAUCCCCGAAAUUGCACCCACUGAACAUGAAAGGGAUCCUAUUGUCAGCUCACAUAAAGAUGAACCAAGUGAAAUUAUUGAGGCUAGCUUCUCGUUACCAAUUGAUCAGAUGUUUAGUAUGAGCCAUCAUAUGCUGGAUGCGGAAAGGAUGGAAUGUAGCAGCAACAGUGAGGACCAAAAGGUACCGAAGCAUCAACAUCAGAGCCCUGUUUCCAUUUUUGAAGCUCCUUUUUCAAAUGAAAGUUGCAGCUCAUCAGAGAGCUGGGAAAGUUCAAAUGGAAGCAAGAUGCAUGAUUCUUCAAUUCAGGCUCGACGUCUUGUUGAUUUGACUUGCCUCAACAAAACUUCUUCGGUGGAAGCAGAGAUAGAAUUAUCCGACUCAGUCUCCUCUUCAUCCGCAGAAAUCAGCAGGACAGCCCAUAAAGAUGCAUGCAAUGAGGAACAGGAAUAUGUGAGAAAGAUAUUAAGCAACGCGAAAUCUCUGUUCAAGAAUUUAGACUUGUGUCAAAUGGAUCAUGACGGCAGGAUCCUUGAUCCGCUUCUUUUUGACAAGUUGGAAACCAGUAGAAGCUCGAUUGCGCAGGAAGGAGAGGAAAGGGACUUCAGGAUGAGAAGGAAAAUGUUAUUUGAUUGUGUGAAUGAAUGCCUGGAUUUGAAAUGUAGUCACUACUUCCAUGCGGGAUAUCGGAUGUGGGCUAAAGGAAUGGCAGUUGUCAUGAAGGAUUUGACCGAAGAACUAUACAGGGAGAUCUCAGGAUGGAGGAGCAUGGGAGAGUGGAUGGUGGAUGAGCUUGUUGAGAGAGAUAUGAGUAGUCGCUUAGGUAGGUGGGUUGACUUCGAAAUUGAAGCAUUUGAAGCAGGAGUGGAGAUUGAGAUGGGGAUAUUAAACUCCUUGGUUGAUGAAGUAGUUGCUGAUUUAAUGAUAGAAGUUCAAUUGUAGCAUGGCUAUGUUUCCACUCAACUGUAAGCUAUCCACUUAAGAUAUUUUUCUUUUUUCUUUUUUCCAAUCAAAAUAUGGUCUCCAUAUAUAUUGGCUAUUCUUAUUACGUUGUUCUUGGUCAA